UUACCGGUUGCCCGGUAACGCGCAGGCGAACCCACACCAGCGCCGUUUGCCCAGCCGAGAACGUUGGCUUUGCCCCUUUCAGUCUCACGGCCAUGUCGGAAAAAAACAAACUCGACUAUGUUAAUCUGGACAGAUUCCACAUUGAGAUGAUCCGAAAGGAGCAACGGACCCAGAAACUGCACACGGAGUUCAGCAUCAACCCACACCGGAAACUGCACAUCCUGCCAGACAAGCCCAUGUCCAGGAAACCUCCAGAAGUAAUAGCAGAGAACUCGGGGUUCAUCGAAGCUUUGCACAAGGCCCAGUUGGAGCCUGUCAAGAAGUAUCCAAUGCCAGUGACUGAGAGUCAUGAGAUCGGAUGGAUUUCCACUCCACUGAUUCCAGAGACGCGCCACUUCCAGCGGAUCUGCACAGAUGUCACCAAACAUGAAGAACACGCACGACGACUUGGCAAUUAA